AUGGCAUAUUCCUGCUCCUUCAUGGACAUCGUCGGGUCAACCGUGGAAAGGUUCUGCUCCAUCUGCUUCACCUGUCUGACCUCAAUUCGGUUCCUCUCGAGCUUCUCCUUGAUGGAGACGAGCUCCUUCAACAGCCUCGCGAUGGUCUUUUUUUGUUGUCCCUUGGCCCCGGAGCACCUAGACGCGCCCCAUCACUUGAUGGAGGCGAGCUCCUUGAGGUGUCUCAGCAUUGUCUUCUUCUCAGCAAUGUUCAAGGGAACCCUUCUGCUCCUUCAUCUGUCUGACUUCAUUUGUCGCUGCCGCCGGCUGUUCAAUCGCAACACCUCCGGCCUGUGA